CCCCUUCCGGCAGCCAUGGAGCCGGGGGAGCCGGGAGAGCCUGGGGAGCCGGGGGAGCCGGCGCGGCGGCUGCGCGACGGGGAUGCGCUGGGCGGGCGGGGGCUGCUGGAGCUGGCGGUGGCUAGCGGAGUGGCCGCCUGGGCCACCUGGGCCGCCUUGCUGAUGCCCGGCUUCCGCCGGGUCCCCCUGCGGCUCCAGGUGGUAGAGGCUUAUAAGCAAGGUCUCAGACCAGCCGUUGGCUAUGAGCUCAAUCCCUGGCUGCUGUGUCUCUCCAACUACCGGGCCUGGAAGGCUGGGUACCACGGGAAGGUUUCCUUCCUGAAGGAAGAUCUGUGGAAGGUGAAUCUUUCUGAUUGCUACAAUGUGAUCGUGUUCCUGGCCCCCAGUGUGAAACCUCCUCUAGCCACCAAGCUCCUUGCAGAACUCCCUGAUGAAGCGCGAGUGGUGGCUGGACGCUUCCCCUUCCCCUCCUGGACCCCUACCAACACCCUUGGGCAGGGGCUGGAGCAAGUCUGGGCCUAUGACAUGAAGGAGGUGCGGCGAGCAGCACAGAGGGGAAGCCCAGUCUAAUAGCAGCCUCAUUAAGCCUGGCGUGAAGGGUCAGCAGCGGCAGGGGUCAGAGCCUCCCCAGCCCUUGGGCUCAGCUCAGGACAGCAGCAAGAGGGCUCCUUGGCCAGGCUUUUUCACAGGAACUUGCAGGAUGGCAGUCCCUCGGUUUUCCGAGGAGUGGGCAGUUUGGGGGAAGCAAGGGAGGUGGAAGUCAGACCUAGAAAUCCUGGAAUUAUUGCAGGAUUUAAGGGCUAAAGCUCCAGUGCCUCUUUCUGUACAUUUGCUACUUUAUUUCUAGCUCAUUUUUCAAAAUAAACAUUUUGUCGGUUCUUCCCUUGA